CGAAUCAUUUCCGGAAGCAGUUGAAAUCUUAACAAGACCCCGCCCCUCUACUUCGGGAAGCCGACAAGCAAGUUGGUGAGCGUGUUGCGGCUGCGUCGUCUUGUUCUUCUUCCUCCUCCCCCGCUCGUUCCUCAGAGAACAAGAGCGCGAGAAAAGACCGCUGGACUGGCUCUUGAGCACCGCUUGCCGCCGCCAUCGCUACAAGGGGGACCAUCAUGUCCGACUUCGACGAGUUCGAGCGGCAACUGAAUGAAAAUAAGCAAGAAAGAGACAAGGAAAAUCGCCAUAAAAAACGCAGUCACAGCCGUUCUAGAAGCCGAGAACGGAAGCGACGAAGCCGUAGCAGAGAAAGACGAGCUAGAGAGCAACGAAGUGGAUCCAAGGAUCGGAGGCGACGCAGUCGCUCACCAAGAAAUGAGAAGAAAAAGAAGAUCCGUAAAUAUUGGGAUAUUCCACCUCCUGGUUUUGAGCAUAUCACGCCUCUGCAGUAUAAAGCCAUGCAAGCUGCGGGACAGAUUCCAGCUACAGCUCUUCUUCCAACCAUGACUCCAGAUGGUCUGGCAGUUACUCCUACUCCAGUGCCUGUUGUGGGCAGUCAGAUGACGAGGCAGGCCCGUCGACUCUAUGUCGGAAAUAUUCCAUUUGGAAUCACUGAGGAGGCAAUGAUGGACUUCUUUAAUGCUCAGAUGCGACUUGGUGGAUUGACUCAAGCACCUGGAAAUCCUGUACUGGCUGUUCAAAUCAAUCAAGACAAAAAUUUUGCCUUUUUGGAGUUUCGUUCUGUUGAUGAAACCACACAGGCAAUGGCUUUUGAUGGGAUCAUUUUUCAAGGCCAGUCUCUUAAAAUUAGGCGCCCUCAUGAUUACCAGCCUUUACCAGGCAUGUCUGAAAACCCAUCUGUGUAUGUACCAGGGGUGGUUUCCACAGUUGUCCCUGACUCUGCACACAAGCUAUUCAUUGGAGGUUUACCCAACUAUCUGAAUGAUGACCAGGUAACCAUGGAGUCAUUAAGCCUAUGGGUCAAAGAAUUGCUUACAUCUUUUGGGCCUUUAAAAGCAUUUAAUUUGGUAAAAGACAGUGCCACAGGCCUAUCAAAAGGUUAUGCCUUUUGUGAAUACGUGGAUAUUAAUGUUACAGAUCAGGCAAUUGCUGGACUCAAUGGGAUGCAACUGGGUGAUAAAAAGCUUUUGGUGCAGAGGGCGAGUGUUGGAGCUAAGAAUGCAACUCUGAGCACAAUAAACCAGACACCAGUGACCCUUCAAGUCCCUGGUCUUAUGAGUUCCCAGGUGCAGAUGGGUGGUCAUCCAACUGAAGUGUUGUGCCUAAUGAAUAUGGUGCUGCCAGAAGAACUGAUAGAUGAUGAUGAGUAUGAGGAGAUAGUGGAGGAUGUUAAAGAUGAGUGUGGCAAAUACGGCGCUGUCAAGUCACUUGAAAUUCCACGGCCAGUGGAUGGAGUUGAAGUGCCAGGAUGCGGCAAGAUCUUUGUAGAAUUUACGUCGGUCUUUGAUUGUCAGAAAGCCAUGCAAGGACUCACUGGGCGCAAAUUUGCUAACAGAGUGGUGGUUACAAAAUACUGUGAUCCCGAUGGUUACCACCGCCGUGAUUUCUGGUAGAAUGGAAGUGACGUGAUGGACUGGAAGAGAUGAGCGAGAGGAUCCAGAGGCUGGGGGAAUAUCAAAAGGACCUUCAUUUUAUUGUUUUUUCUUUUUGCAGGAGGCUUUUUUUUUUUUUGUUUUUUGACUUGUUUAUAUUUUCAUGGCCAAAUGUUACUUUAUCCCUCUCUGAAACAUCAUGACCACCUCACUAAUACUUUUUAAGGAAUUAAAAUUUGACACACAAUGUAAAAUAACCCUGGAACCUCCAUUGCCCCUGCCCCCAUGAACAAUCUCAGCGGUGCUUAUACUGUAGUAAAAUGUCUUUUUCUUCAUUUUCUUUCCGUGACCGUUUCAUAUUUGCAAAGGCAAAAUUGCUCAUUAAACAUUUUUUGUUGUAUUUUACUUUUUAUUCUUAACAGAGUGUUUGGAUUUUUUUUUUUUUUUUUUCAAGCCAUCUCAAUUAAAUGUUUUCAUCUUUCCCAGGGGUGUUUUUACCUAUACUGACCGAAAUAUUUCAUUGAAGCAAAAUGGUUUCCACAAAUGCUUCUAACUCCUGAAUGACAAGCGGCAGCGUCUGAUGUGUAGUGUGUCCCAAACCUGCUCCUCCAGUCUUGCAGACUUAAACCUAGAAUGUGUGAUUUCUAAAGCCAGCCAGAGAGAGCUCGGCAUUUCUUUAUUUGUCUUGUAUCUGUAUUGUCUCCAAAUUGAUGAAGUAAAGGUUAUUUGCUAGCAAUUAAACUUGUUUUAUUUACA